UGUUUUGUUUGUUUUUUUGCAAGCUUUUUCUCCCACAUGCGCACUUAAACAUCUUUUGUGUUCCUGCAUCAGUUGUUUGUUUCCUCUUACCGCUACAGUCGUGCUUUUGUUUUGAAACGUGUUGAGUUAUUAAAUGUGAAGCUGACCCAGCUACACAUCAUCUUCUGAACAAUAUUAUUGUCACCAUGUACAAGUAAAACAAGCUCCAUCCCUCUGGAAAAGACAAGCAAGAAGGAAAAAAGGGAAGAAUAAUCCGGAGAAAGGACAUAAGUAAAUAUUUGGUGGAUGUUAAGAAGUUGACCUGCAUGACAAGAUCAGGACAUGUAUUUGAGGCAUCACUUCCAACAAGACAUCUCUGGAGGAGACCAUGAUUGCGGCGUCUGAUGACUCACAUUUGCAUCCACGGCUUCAGCGAGACGCAGCGUGAGGUCUUGUUGGCGAGGCCGGCUCCCUUCUCGUGUUUGUCACUCCCCCUCGCCGGCGACUCGCCCGCCACGCGGCGCACAGAAGACGCUUUGGUGCCAGGAAACUUUGGAAUAUCUUCGGAGGAAGGGGUUCUCUGCCUUGAUGGUCACAUGAUCGCUGCAGGCCACAUGCCGGUGAUGGAGGAGCUUGUCACUGACACCAACAGCGUGCCGAAGCGCGUGGCUCUGAUCUGCUUCCUGUCUCUGGUGAUGCUGAUGAGCAUCCUGGGAAACCUGCUGGUCAUGGUGGCCGUCUGCAAGGACAGACAACUCAGGAAAAUCAAGACCAACUACUUCAUCGUGUCUCUGGCCUUCGCCGACUUGCUGGUGUCGGUCCUGGUGAUGCCGUUCGGCGCCAUGGACCUGGUCCACCAGCACUGGAUCUACGGCGAGACCUUCUGCCUGGUCCGCACCUCCCUGGACGUCCUGCUGACCACGGCCUCCAUCAUGCACCUGUGCUGCAUCGCCCUGGACAGGUAUUACGCCAUCUGCUGCAAGCCUCUGGUGUAUAGCAACAAGAUGACGCCCAUGCGAGUGGCGCUGAUGAUCGGCGGCUGCUGGGUCAUUCCCGCCUUCAUCUCCUUCCUGCCCAUCAUGCAAGGAUGGAACACCAUCGGCAUCCACCACGUGAUCGAGCAGAGGCGCCACAUGGAGGGCAGCAACUCCACGUCGUGCGUCUUCAUGGUCAACAAGCCGUACGCGCUCACGUGCUCCGUGGUGGCCUUCUACAUCCCCCUGGUGCUCAUGGUGCUGGCCUACCAGAGGAUCUACAUCACGGCGCGAGCGCACGCCCUGCAGAUUAGCAUGCUGCAGCGGGCGGGGGGCGCCGGCACGCCGGCUACCUCGGACUCGGCCGACCACCAGCGCAACCACCGCAUGCGCACGGAAACCAAAGCGGCAAAGACGCUGUGUAUCAUUAUGGGAUGUUUCUGCCUCUGCUGGGCGCCCUUCUUCAUCACCAACGUGGUGGACCCCUUCAUCGACUACACCGUGCCCGAGAAGCUGUGGGCCGCCUGCCUGUGGCUGGGCUACAUCAACUCCAUGCUCAACCCCAUCCUCUACGCCUUCCUCAACAAGUCCUUCCGGCGUGCCUUCCUCAUCAUCCUUUGCUGCGGCAGAAAGAGGUACCGCCGACCUUCCAUCCUGGGCUCCGGCGCUCCCUGCACCGCCACGCAGAUCAACGGGUCCACGCAUGUCCUCAACUGCUCCUCUGCCUCCAAACUGCUGCUCUGGUUGUGCAACAGCAGGCCAGUUCAUGUCUAGAGUCUACAUGCAUGUCUACUUCACUCUCAAGUAUUCUGUGCUCCACAACGGGAACCAUGCGGCACAGAAGAAAACAAGACUGCACGCCGACGCCGAGUCCUGCUUGUGACUCCUGAUGACGGCCACGCCCUCGCUCCGGCGACCACACCCCAUCCACAGACGUCACGCACGCGUCUAGACAGCAAACUUGCCCGACAGGACCGUCGGCCAGGGCGGGCCGAGGGGACCCCCGCCACCGGAUCGGGUUCCGAGCGCGGCACGCCGAGACGAGACGCGGCGACUUCGGCGGGUCGGCUGCGCCUGAGAAUGUCGUCUGGAGGCGAGGACUCCGAGGAGAAGGUCCUCUUGGCGCCAGGGGAUGGACGCCAAAAAACUGGUCUGGGUCUCUUGGACUCAUCGUGUUCACAUCGAGAAGCUGCUCAGGAAUGUGUGUGUGUGUGUGUGUGUGUGUGUGUGUGUGUGUGUGUGUGUGUGUGUGUGUGUGUGUGUGUGUGUGUGUGUGUGUGUGUGUGUGUGUGUGUGUGUGUGUGUGUGUGUGUGUGUGUGUGUGUGUG